UUGGGCACACUUUUGUCAGUGUUGAGGUAGUUCCAGGACGCAUCAUGAUUCGGGCUGUCGUGACCUUUACCCUUUUGGGCGCCGCAUGGGCAUCGGUUACCCAUUUCACCUGGAGCGAUUGUGACUCUGACCCAAAUCGAGCCAUCAAGAUCAGCUCUGUGGAGGUCAGCCCGAUGCCUAUCGUAAUGCCAGGCCCAGUGACAUUUUCCUUCAACGCCAGUUUAAGUAAAGUCAUGCAAGGUGGAACGGUAGAGCUAGACCUCAAGCGUCACGUUCUUAUUCUUGGAAACAUCCAUGUACCAUGUCUCCUUGGUGUUGGCUCUUGCACGUAUAACUACUGCACUCAGCUAGACAGUAUGCUCAGGAGUUCAGAUGACGCCACCAGGAAGGUCGGUACACAGCUGAAGACUAUCCUCAGCGACAACCACAUCAACGCUGACUGCCCCAUCCCCCCUCAAACGGCCUCCGUGAGUAGGGCCACGCUCCAGAUCCCCGACCCAGGAUCCCUGGCCUCUGUCAUUGCCGCGGGCGAUUACACAAUCAAGGCAACUAUCAAGGACAGGAAUAACAACAUCCAGGGUUGUGUCUCCUUCAAGGUCGAACUGAAGAGAAGGUCACACGGGUUCUUGUUCGGAUAAAUCAAUCUCGGC